AUGCCCCCGGAUGUGCCAGUCCACUGGAACACCAACAUGGUCUCGCGCCACGCCUGGGAUCUGCUGGACCUUCCAGGCGUCAAGCUUCUGGGUGAAGCACCGGAGGAGUUGCGGAGUUCGGAUGCCACGGACUCAGGGCUCCUCACCGACCUUGAUGCCAGGGCAAGGAGCUUCUGCUAA